UGCAAAACAUGAAGAGUUUACUUAGAGGUGCAAUGGCUAUGGAGAACCAAAAGCCUUACAUUUCUAUGCUCUUUGUGCAGUGUAUCUAUGCAGGCAUGGCCCUGUUUUCAAAAGCAGCAAUUGCCAAAGGAAUGAACCCUUAUGUUUUCGUGGUAUACCGACAAGCCUUUGCCACUGUCGCCUUAGCUCCAUUUGCUUUCUUCCUUGAAAGUAAGCAGACCUCUCUAUCAUACAAUUUACUCUGCAAGAUCUUCUUAGUUUCCUUAUGUGGGCUCACCUUGAGUUUAAAUCUCUACUAUGUUGCAAUCAACUACACCACUGCAACAUUUGCAGCUGCCACCACCAAUACCAUUCCUGUCCUUACCUUUAUCAUUGCUGUUUGCUUAAGGAUGGAAAGUAUAUCCAUAAGACGACUGCCAGGAAUCUCCAAGGUGUUAGGUUCAGUAAUCAGUCUAUCUGGAGCCUUGGUGUUUGCUUUUGUUAAGGGGCCACCUAUAAAUUUCAUGAACUGGUAUCCAGCAACUCAAAAGCAAACUUCAGACUCUCUGAUUAAGAGUUACUCCGUUGGAGAGUGGAUAAAAGGUUCUCUUAUCAUGAUUUCAGCCAAUACAGCUUGGUCCUUUUGGCUUGUGUUACAGGGUCGCAUAGUCAAGCAAUAUCCAGCCAAAAUACGUCUUACUGCUCUACAAUGCUUCUUUAGCUGCAUACAAUCCACAUUUUGGGCCAUUGCAGCAGAGAGAAAUCCAUCAGCCUGGAAGCUUGGAUGGGAUGUUCAUCUUCUCUCUGUAGCCUAUUGUGGUGUAAUUGUCACUGGCAUAACAUACUGGCUGCAAGUCUGGACUAUAGAGAAGAAAGGUCCAGUUUUCACAGCAAUUUUCACUCCAUUAGCUCUUGUAAUAACAGCAAUCGUCUCUGCAUUCUUGUGGAAGGAAACCCUUCACUGGGGAAGUGUUGGUGGGGUUGUCCUGCUGGUUGGAGGUCUUUAUAGUGUGUUGUGGGGGAAGAAGAGAGAAGAUGGAAAAGUGGUAACAAAUGAACAAAAUGCAGAUACUAAUAAAGAAGAAAUUGUACUGGAGUGCAUUACACAUCAGUAAUUGAUGGGACUGAAAUUGUAGCAAGUGGCUUUGGCCCUUUGAUGAUGAAAUUUCGCAAUGAGAAUCCUCAGGAAGAUAAUACCACGCUGGAUUCAUCCAACAUAUCUCUUUCUUUUUUCCCUUCUAUUUGCAGCUUCUCUUCUGUCUUUAUUCCAACUUCUUUAUAUUCCGAAGAACUAGGUAUUUGUAUAUUAACUUUGCUAUGUCUUCAAAUUUCAAUCCAAAUGUAUA